CAAGUUUUUUAUUUGUUAGCAUUUAGCGUGUAGCAACGAGAAAGGAUUUGGUUUAGGGGAGAAGAAAGAAAAGAAAUGGGGAAAAGGAAGUGAUUUGGUUUGGAAAAUCAAAUGGAAUCAGCUACGAAUUUGAGGGUUAGGGAUUUCAUAGCAAAGGAAGUUGCUGAUUGGGACGACGAAUUGAUUGCAGUUGCUCGAUUCAAAGCCUUUUCCGGUCAAAGAUGCGAUUGGGAACCCACCUUCCGCUUCUGGAAACACUUCAUCAUCAAAAUCGCCACCCAUUUUGGCCUCCUCCUCAUUCGACCCUCCCAGGUCAAGAAUGAUUGGUUUAAUCGAGGAGGGUUAACCCCUUUGUGUCUUGACGAUGUACUGUCUCUAAUGUAUAAUGAAGGUGACAUCACAAGAACUGUGGAUCUUGAGGAUCCAACGAGCGGGCGAUUCUCCCAACUAGUCAGAAGAGUGGGUAACUUGAUAACAAGGCCACCGACUCCAGAUAUUAUGGCUGAACAAUGUGUUAUCGUAACUGCUAUGCUUAAGGAUAAGGCUGCUGAAGUUGUCAAACAUCUAUCUGAAAGUCACUGGAAUUCAUCUUGUAUCGUUACAAUGAAGAAAUUUCAGGACAUGUGUGGAGGACCGGAUGAGGCAUCUGUAAUGUUGAGGUAUCUGUCUGGGUGUAGAACAGCACAGUAUCUAUCAGUGAAUAAGAAAGAUUUUUUAGAGGGGGUAAAAGUUUCUCUCUCAGCAGGAGCAUUAUCUAGUAUCACUAAUUUAGAUUAUGAUGUACUGCACUUGAUUUGGACCACUGAGAAGCUUCAGCUACAACUGGAUGUGACUGAUAGGCGUUAUGAAUUGUUGAGAAAAUCAGCAUUGGCUUCUCUACAAUCUGGGAACAAAAAAUUGGCCCUUAACUAUGCAAGGGAGCUGAAGUUAGUCACCCAGAGUAGAGAAAAAUGUUCAUCACUUUUGAACAGAGUAGAGGAAGUACUUAGCGUUAUUGCCGAUGCCGAGUCAACAAAAAAGGUUACUGAAGCUAUGCAGAUUGGAGCCCGGGCUAUUAAAGAAAAUAAGAUCAGCGUGGAAGAUGUUGAUCUUUGUUUAAGAGAUAUCCAAGAGAGCAUUGAUUCACACAAGGAAGUUGAGAAUGCCCUAGAACGAAUGCCAUCAUAUGUGGAUAUUGAGGAUGAAGAUAUUGAAGAGGAAUUCAAGAAGUUGGAGCUGGCUGUUGGGCAAGAUGCUCAAGUUCCUGCACUGGAGAAGGCAUUCAAUGAAGAAGGAAGAAUGGCUUCAGAAGCUGCUGAUUUUAUUAGUGACACUUUCUCAAAUCUCAAGCUUUCAGAUCGUCCAGCUGAGAAGCCAGGAAUCACUCAGGCAGUGUCAGAGGGAGACAAAAUAACAAAAAAAUUAGAAAUGGAAGCGGUGUAAGUUUGAAAAUGAAUAUUAUGGUUGUUGUGUUUUAUUUCUGGCAAAAUGACCUUUUUUUAUUUAAUGACCCAUGGUUUGAUUGUUAGUUAUAUAUACAUGUGAUAACUAUGUCCAUUGUACAGUUAAUGUUGCGGAUAACUCUCCAAUCGUUUGUGUUUUUAAAUACUAGUGGAAGUAAUUUGUCGCAAUC